AUGGAGCCCACGAACUACAACAAAACAAAGCAAACAGAUGUCGUAAAUGCAGAACCAACUCGAAACACGUCAGACGUACCUUUCUUGCCUACUCCCACUGAUGACGAAUACCCCGACGGCGGAACAAGGGCGUGGUUGUGUCUCUUUGGCUGUUUUUGCUCCUUCUUCGCUGCCCUCUCCAUGAUGAACUCGGUCGGCGUGUACCAGAACUGGAUCUCGCAGGAGCAGCUGAAGGACAGCAGCUCCGGCAGCAUCGGCUGGAUCUUCGGGUUCUACAACUUCUUCAGCUUCUUUGCGGGGCUGCCUCUGGGCCCCAUAUUCGACGUCAAGGGGCCGCGGGUCCUCUCGCUCUGCGGCGCGAUCCUGUUGAUCGCAACAUAUCUUGCUUUGGGGAACUGUACGGAAUACUGGCAUUUCUUCCUCUGCUUUGGGGUGUUGGGCAGCUUGGCCACUUGCCUUCUCUUCACAUCUGCCAUCGGAACCGUACAGCACUGGUUUCUGGAGCGCCGCGGUCUGGCCACUGGGAUGGCCAUAUCGGGGGGCAGCGUGGGCGGUAUCGCAUCGCCUCUCAUUCUAGGUGCUCUGUUGCCAAAAAUUGGUUUCGCCUGGACAAUGAGGGUCAUGGCCCUGGUGAUGCUACCAUUCGUGGCCGUCGGCGUCAUCCUCAUGCGCGGCCGCCUACUUCCUUGCAACAGGUCCAGCAUGGGCUUCAUCCCGGAUCUGCGGAUCUUGAUGUCUGCAAGGAUGGCUAUCCUAGCAGUCGGAGCUCUGUUUGUGGAACUGGGUUUAUUCAUACCGCUGACCUACAUCACAUCAUAUGCCACGUCGCACGGUAUCUCGACCCAGGCGGCAUACCGGAUGGUGACACUGUUAAACGUGGGGUCGUUGCUGGGUCGGUGGCUUCCCGGGUGGCUAGGUGACAAGUUGGGCCGGUUCAACGCCCAGAUCGUUGCUCUGGCCCUCUGCCUUGUGUCCAUACUGGGGAUAUGGCUGCCGGCGGGGCAGACGGUAACGGGUUUAACGGGGUUUGUCAUCUUAUUUGGUCUCGGCAGCGGCAGUGGUAUCAGCUUGGUUCCAGUGUGCAUUGGACAACUUUGCAAAACCGAAGACUAUGGAAAGACCUUCACGGCCGUCUACAGUAUUGGCAGCUUUGGGUCCUUGAUAGGUGUCCCAGUGGGUGGUCAGAUUCUGCAGGCUGCUGACGGGGACUACCUUGGGCUGAUAGUAUUUGCUGGCUUGGCAUACGCCGUGGCUCUGAGCAGUUUUGUGGCGGUGCGCAUAAUGAGCGUGGGAGUCGGGGGCAAGAAGAAGUUCUAA